AUGCAAUAUAUGAUAUUUCAGGUCGUCAGCAAAGUGCAGCUUACGAAUUUAAACUGCACUUCCUUGGACCCAAAGUUUAGCAACUUUGAGUAUUGCCAUUUUAAGGCGGUUAACCGGAGCUUUAAAUACAUUUCUAUAAAAGUAAAGCUCUACAAAACACCCAUUACCAAUGUCCAGGUAAACUUUGCGCUGCUAAAACGAUUUGGUGGCUAUAAACCAUUUCUGUACAACGUCAAUGUGGAUGCUUGUAAAUUCUUGAGAAAUCCAAGUUCAAACCCAGUGGUUGUAUAUCUUUAUAGCUUCUUCAAAAGCCACUCGAACAUGAACCAUACUUGUCCGUACAAUCACGAUCUUAUUGUGGAUAAAUUGACUGUCGACUUUCUCAAUACACAGGUUACUGAGGUUAUUACAUUUCCUCUCGGCGAGUUUCUUUUUCAAUCCCAAUGGUUUGCUUAUAACAUUCUUCGUGCAACAGUGAAUAUAUAUGUCACCAUCUCUUAA